CCAGCUGGUUUCUCGGCGGUCCGUGGCGGCGGCGGCGGCGGCGGCGGUGGCGGCGACAUGGAGAGCGGGGCCUACGGCGCGGCCAAGGCGGGCGGCUCCUUCGACCUGCGGCGCUUCCUGACGCAGCCGCAGGUGGUGGUCCGCGCCGUGUGCCUGGUCUUCGCCUUGAUCGUGUUCUCCUGCAUCUUCGGCGAGGGCUACAGCAACACCCACGAGUCCCAACAGCAGUACUGCGUGUUCAACCGCAAUGAGGAUGCCUGCCGCUACGGCAGUGCCAUCGGCGUGCUGGCCUUCCUGGCCUCCGCCUUCUUCUUCGUGGUCGAUGUCUACUUCCCCCAGAUCAGCAACGCCACUGACCGCAAGUACCUGGUCAUCGGCGACCUGCUCUUCUCAGCUCUCUGGACCUUCCUGUGGUUCGUUGGCUUCUGCUUCCUUACCAACCAGUGGGCAGCCACCAAGCUGGAAGAUGUGCGGGUGGGAGCCGACUCAGCCCGGGCCGCCAUCACCUUCAGCUUCUUUUCCAUCUUCUCCUGGGGUGUGCUGGCCUCCUUGGCCUACCAGCGCUACAAGGCCGGAGUGGACGACUUCAUCCAGAACUACGUGGACCCCACUCCGGACCCCAGCUCGGCCUACGCCUCCUACCCCGGCGGGCCUCCCGACAACUACCAGCAGCCACCCUUCACCCAGAACGCCGAGACGGCCGAGGGCUACCAGCCGCCUCCCGUGUACUGAGCUGCAGCUGGGGCUGGUAAGGGGAGCUGGGAGGGCGCCUGGGGGCCUCCCCUCCUCCUGGACUCCUCCCCAGAGGCUUGUCCCCAGAGCUGCUGGCCACUUUCGUCCAGCCUGUUGGAGCUGACGCCGGGCCUGGAGAGAGAGCUCCUGCCUCGCCAGCCCUGGCUGCCCAGAGCCCUGGCCUGACCUGCCUGUGCCCCAAGGGCGCCUCAAGGGCAUUUUUUAGGAAAGGGUUUUCAGUUAGACAUGUUCUGUCAUUGCUUUUAAUGAUCCCCAGGCCCGCCCGGAGUAGCUCGAAGUGCCUAACACGCUGUUUGUCAAGUGCCUUAGCUUCUCCCCAGCCCAAAGGCGCCAGGCCCAGGCCCAGGCCCAGGCCCAGGCCCCACGGCCAUGGUCAGGUCACUUGGGGUUCUCUGCCAAAGACGAGGUGGGGCCUUCCCCCCGUCCUGCUGCCGGCACUGGGCUGGGGCUCCUUCCUUCUCACUCAGGUUCCUUCCUGCCGGCUGUGCCCCCAACCCCCUGCCUGCUCUGGGAGCCGGCAGCCCCAUGUUCGCUGCUGUGGUGUCAGCUUGCUCUUGAUUCGGGGGUCACGACCCCGUGCCAGUGCCUCUGAGCCACCUUCCUGACAGCUGAGGGGCAGGGCUGGUGCCUGCCGCAGGGGGCUAGGGCCACACUUCCCUGUCCCUGCUCCCAGCCCUUGGCCCCUGGGAGGGGCUUUGCCUGACCGACAACACCCAGCUUUAUGUAAAUACCCUUGUCAGUUAGGUGUGGGGCACACCCACAGCCCCCAGGCAGUCCUGAAUGUAUUACAAAGCCUUGGGGGAGGACGCACAGCAGCCUUGGAUUCUGUUAGACUAAUUUUGGAGAUGGAAUAAAUGUUUUCCUCAUUCAUAA